AAUCGCGAGCGCGCGUGCGGGAAACUGGUCGUAUCGCACGUACAAAUCAAAACAUUGGAAGCGAAGCUGAAGCAAUCCACUGGAAUUUUCCCGCGACAUUACGACUAGAUUUAGUUCCAUCUUUCAUCCUACAGAAACCUUUCAGCCACAACCAGCAGUUGGUCAGCCCUAGUUUCUAUUGUCCGUCUGCAGUCUCCAUUGUUUAUCUCUCCAUUACCGUUUUCUACGCAGAGACGUCAUUCGUGGACAUGAAGUGUUGAACAGGCCAUGGAUUAUUGGCUAAACGAGCUUGCUGUAAUACCCCUGAGGAUUAUCAGUUCUCUACCCUUUCUAUGGCACCCCUGCAGCGAUCGAAACCAUCCUUGCCGUUAGAUUCAACAUCAUUGACGUACAUGUACCAUGUUUAUGUGACAUGUUAUGUCAGUGUGCAAUACAUAAAGUUACUUGUCUGGCUUCAAGAAUCGUGGGUUUGUCUGACGCAUCCAUCCCUUCAUGAUUGCAUGUCAUCGGAUCAUUUCUCCUGCAUAUUGUAGAAGCAUAGAAGGUGUGAUUCUUGAGUUUCCGUGGCAACUCGUCAUCCCAUGUUCCUCAGAGAUCACACCUUCCCUGCAAAGGGAGUCAAGAGAAGAGGACAACCUCACCCUCGAUGGACAUUGAAUCCUAAAUGAAAACCUCCAUCAUCAUCUAUCUCUAUUUAUCAACCGUAAUCACCAACUCAACUAUCAUCUGCGAUUCAUCCAAGUUUAUCUUCUAGUGCAAGUAAAGUAUUGUCUCACAUCCAGUGAGACAGGUUCUGUCGGUUGUCGACUACUAGAGAGAGGAACAACGUUGUUUGGUCGGAAGCCAUCACGGCAUCACCACCGGUUCCCGCCCAUCGCUGCUCCUCAGUACCCAUCAUCGGCAGCUUACUGUCCUCCUUGUGGUGGGGAGCCGAGCGAGAUUGCAUGUGCGGCUCUGUGGGGGCGUUAGACUGCUCCAAGCUCCUCGGACACGGUACUUCUAGGACAGGCAAGAUGGUGAAGACAUUCCAGGCGUACCUGCCAAACUGCCAUCGCAGGUAUAGCUGUAUCCACUGCAGGGCUCACUUAGCUAACCAUGAUGAUUUAAUAUCAAAGUCAUUUCAGGGUAGCCAAGGCAGAGCUUAUCUCUUCAAUUCUGUAGUGAACGUUGGUUGUGGGCCUGCUGAAGAGAGGGUUCUACUAACAGGUCUCCAUGCUGUAUCUGAUAUUUACUGUGAGUGCUGUAAGACCACACUAGGAUGGAAAUAUGAGCAUGCAUUUGAGAACAGUCAGAAGUACAAGGAAGGAAAAUACAUCAUUGAGCUGGCACACAUGAUAAAAGACAAUGGGUGGGACUGUGAUUAAAGAUCAUCAUCACCCAUCAACAAAGACAAUGUAAGGGACUGAUGAUAAAUCACCAUCAAACCAAGAUAUGUAUCAUACCGCUUGGCCUUGUUGUUAAUCAACAACACCUCUACUUGAAAUUGCUUUUUCUCCACCCAACCCAACUCCACCAUGAAAGCUUCUCAAAAAAUAUCCAAAAGAUAAUUUCAUAUGGCAUUUGCCUGCAUCUUGAUUAUCCAAGGUAUGCUAUACCACUAUUUAUGAUGAUACUGAAUUUUAAUGCGAUGUCCAUUUACCAAUAUCUCUAUCAUAAUAUGAUAAGGGGUCUAAGGACUGUAAACAAAACGCUUUCCACUUAUACAUCUACCAUUUAUCAGUCUUUGUCAUCUGCAACUUGCAGAAAAGCACAUCUGAUGACAUCAUCAAUGACAUCAUUCAUUGUUACAGCUUCAUUUGGACCAAGUUUACAAAAAUCAUUUUGUAGAUUAGUAUCAUAGCAACUAGCAUGAUAACAUGAUCAUAAUAGCUUAUUGUGUGUGAGGGAAAUAUUAUAUAUUUGGUUAGCAUUUAAAUAAUUCAUUGUGAGUUCUUCUAAAGGUUAACUUUAUUUUUUUUUGAGAAGCAUGGAUGGUAUGGAGAGGUGGUAAUUAUGUGGAUUGGAGAAAUGGAAUUAGAAAGAAAAUAGAGUGGUAUUAUUUUGACAGAAAGAACAUUUUGAAAGGAACAAGGUCUAAGAUGAGGUUAUUUUAAAUCGGAAUUGGUGCAAUGAGUGACUUGUGCUAUGACGUAAGAAGCAGAAGUUGCAACUUAAUCUUCGUCCAUAAUGAGGAAUUGAGAGAUGAACGGCAGAAGGACUUAAACUCGAAUGGUUAAAGCAAUCCAGAAGUGAAACAAUGUAUAUUCGUUUUCAGAGCUGGCAAGGAAAUUGAUGCAUUAUAGUCCACAGAGCAGGAGAGAAACCAGUGGCUUGUUAUGGUAUCUUGACAGAAUGCAGUAUUGGAUGCUGUGUACAUUAAAGACAGCCUUUUGUUUUGAAAGCAGAUGUCUCUUAAAGAGCAUAAUGAAUAUGCAUGAGCAUUGCUUCAUGAAUAUGCGUUAAGGGCUUAUCGCUGUCCUGCUAUACUUGAUGUUCAAAUCCUGAUUGAUGAUCAGUAUUUGUCUUGAAUGUAUCAAGUUAGUGAGAUGGAUAGUGAUGUAGGGUUUUGAGUGAGAUGAUACAUCACAAUUGUACAGAGUUUUAUGUAAGGUCAAAGCAUGCAUCUUGACUGAGUGAAGCAGUAUAUAGAGGUUUUAAAUGUAGGAUGGCAAGGCAAUGUGUGUGCAUCACUAAUGAGUGAAGCUAUUUGUUUGCAUUUUAAAUGUAGGAUGGCGGUGAGCAUGCAUUAGGAGAAGAUAAAGAAUACAACCUUUCAAUGCAGCCAUGAUGUAAAUUUUAAAUCUUUUUUCUUAGAGAGAGCUUCUAAAUGGCAUAUUUUGUACAAUCUUGUGUAUAUAAAUUCCUCUGACCUAAAUGCAUAGGCCAUACAUGUAGAUGUAUUUAACUACACAGGAAAGAAAGUGAUAAGAUGCGCAUUGUGAUUAAGAAGGGUUGUCACAUCAUGGUUUGUGUGAGAUUUAUCUUGUAUAGCAAUGUGUAUGGUCUCACAGAAAAGGAACAAAAGAUAAUGGGCUUGUUAGUGUUGAUAACGUAUCAUUGGAAUGCUCCACUGGGAUAUAUUAACAUGAGUUUUAAAUGAUUAUUUAAUGCCUUUACCGUGUGUAUGAUGUUAUGAAGAGAGAAAGGUAUGAGUGAGUGGGUGAUAUAGUGUGUGUGUGAGAGCAAUUGUUUGUUUGUGUGGGAAUGAUCAUGUGUGUGUGUGUCAUGAUUAGUGAAUGAAUGACAUCAAAACAAUGAUUUAUCUAUUGUGUAUAUGAAUGGUCAUGUACUCGUCAUUUCAUUGUACUAUAACUUCAAAUUAUCAAGUGCAAAAAUACUACUGUUAUAGUAUACCAAACAAAACAUUUUUGAUACAUGUAUUAUUAAACUUCACAGCAACCCAAUCAAGUUCCUGUAUAAUUUAUAUUUUUGAGAGAUGAAAGAGUGUAACUGUAAUUCAGUAAUUGUAUGGGUACAUUGUCCAUUCAGUGAAAUACUGGAUUACUGGUACAUGUAUUUGAGAUUAAUACGGCUAAUAUGUUCUGUUUCCGUUAAUUGUAAUUUUGUUAAACCUCUUUUGUUGUUAUAAUAGGAUCACAUUUACCUGCACUGUAUCAUAACAGAAAAUAAUCCACAUUCAAUUAAAAAAGAACUUCACUAUUCUGUUAAUUAAGUUUGAGUUGAUCUCACGUUGAAACUGUUAAGGGAUUAAAUACAUUGGUCUGAUUCCUGGACAAAGAGGAAAUAUUGUACAUCUUAAAAAGAUAUGGCACACGUUAAUCAUCAUGAGGACCAAUAAGAAACCUUGUGGGUGUUUCAUAAAGCUGUUUGUAAGUUAGGAGCGACUUUAAGAACGACUGGUGAACCUUUCUUGCGCACUAAAUAAUCACCAAUGAACAUUAAUGGUGAAUAUUCUUUACCACAAGAAAGGAUCACCAGUCGUUUUUAAAGUCGCUAUUACCGACAGCUUUAUGAAACUGCCCCAAUGUGCAUAUCGGCAGGUGGUCUUUUUGUACUAUUUAGCCUCCCUUACAGCUUUUGAUGCAACACAUCAUUGAAAGAAAUUGUUUCUUCUUGAAUCAACCUUUCAUAUCAUUCAUAACCUUCAGGCUUCAAUAAAGCAAUGAUCUUAUAUGGGUGUAGUUAUUUUGAUGUUAUCCUUUAAAAAAAAUCAUAAAGAUAUAACCACUUGAAUAAUUAAAACAGUUCAGAAUAUAUAUUAAACUUUUCUGCUUUCCUGCAGCUUGUUGAGAAAUGAUAAUUCAUAUUUUUUCCCUUUCCUGAAUAUGGAAACUUGACAAUACAAACAUUACAAGCUCAUAAAUAUUGUAAGAAUUUUUUGUUUAUAUUACUUAGCCUACAUACUUUUUGAAUGGCAUGUACUUCAUGUAUUGAUCAAUGAUUGUUUUACUGCUGUUUUUGUUUCACUACUGUUUUAAUUAUUUCAUCAGCUUUUAAUUGUGGUUAUUUACUAUUCAUCGAGUCAUGUGAAAAUGAUAUCAGUUUCUUGCUCUGUGCAUUGUGUGUAUUUAAGUGUUAUUUACUUUCAACAAUGAUAGAGUAAGAGGAAGUCCUAUCAAAGAGAUUUAAAACAUUCAAUGUUUUGCUUUCAGGCAAGUGUUAAGGUUCUGUUUAAUACAUUCUGUUGGAAUCUAUCUAGCAAUUCAUCACUUUGCUGAUUAUAAGUUAUAUGUGAAUGGACCCUUUUCAUCGUUACAAAUUUUGGGUGUGAUUUCUGGAUAACAUUCCUUGACACAAAGGAAGGGGGGAUUCUCACUAAGGUUGUUGAAUUCAGACUUUUUCAACAUAUUUUCCACCAUUAAAAACACAGUUUUCAUGUUGUAUAGUGGUCAUUCUAGAUGGGUUUUUUAUCCAUUCUUAAUGGCUACUUGUAAAGUGCUUCUACUGAAAACAUUUUCCCCAUAUUUUUCCAGUUUCUUAGAUAAGGUGUUAUUGCAUAAAUAAUCUUCUUGCAAUGAAGGUGAUCAUAAAUAAUGCAAACAAUUGACUAGAAACUACCAUGACUUGUGGUAUUUUACUAGAAUAUGAUUUAGAAUAUUGUGUUAAAGAUCAUCCAAAUUAAUGAGGGGAAAAAACACUAAAUGCAUUGAAUUUGUUUUCCCACUGGCAACUUGGAUCAUUUUGACCGCAAUUAUUGCGACUAGUCAAAUAUAACUAAGUGUUUUGCUUUAGUGUGCAAAUAGGUUUGGUAAGUUUGUAUUUUACAACAAAAAAAGUCAGAAGAACAAAAGAGCAGGAAAUAGGGGAUCAUUUUCUCUUACAUAUUUAUUUCCUAUCCAGAACAGUUUUCAAGGAUAGCUUCCCUAUAUUUGUUUUUCAUGAACAUUAUUUUUGGAGCAUUUGACUUGGCAGGUAAUUGAUUUCUACAUUGCAAUUAUCUGAGACUAAGAUACAAACACGACAAAUAACUUGCCAUGGUGUAAUUUUAGUGAAAAUUAUAUUAAUUAUUUCCAUUAAGAAAGUAAUUGUUUCAUUCCAACAUAUACAUCAUAAACAUUUUUAAUUGAGCCUAAUUUUGAUGGUAUUAAAAUGAAAUGAAACUAGAAGUAUUUAUUUUUAUUAGUCCAGACAUGUGGUUGCUGUUUUGUUAUGAUUGUAGUGUUUUUCUUCAUGUUUUGAACUUAUAUAUAGUAUUAUAUAUUGUGUGUAUAGUAUUUAAUAACACCUCUGUAAACAUUGUAUAUAGUCAAUGCUUGUCAUUUCCCGAGUGAAAUUAAACUUUGUGCAAGUUGUCUGUGAAACACGCUAAA